CGCAAUUCUCGACGCGACGCGCUCCGAUUGGUCAAAAGUCCAGAAUCGGGUUCUUGACCAUGCUGGACGUCGAGGAAGAUCCGACCUGCCGCUUCGUCGACUUCACCAACGAGACAGACUGGGAGCGCUUCAUUGCGGGCCUCGAGGAGACGCUGCGGGCGUGGGUUCUCGUCGAGAAGGGCGCAGCGAGCGAUGGGCCCAAGGCGCGGGUCCUGCCGCUCCAGCAGCGCCACUACCUCCUUGUGCUCCACACGGACGACGCGCCGGCGCCGACGUGGACCGACGCCACGCGCCACUUUACGCCGACGAUGCUGGCGCUUGCCAACGCAUCGCUUGACGCUGGCGACACGCGUAGCAUCCAGCGGUACUUUGGCGUCGAGAGCCACCUCGUCUUGCACCAGUUUAACGCAGCCUUUGGCCUGCCCGACGCCGACGACGACACCAUUGCGAGCAUCUCGAUGGACGCGACGCUCGGCGUCAUGGACCACGACGCGCGAACGCUGCUUAGCAGCCUCAUCGUUGCGCUCGGCAACUGCAACUGCACUUUGCCGGUGUUCGUGCGCCUCGGCGGUGACGCGCAGUACCUCGGCGCCGCCGUGCCAGGCGCGCAUGGCAACAUUGCACUGCAGUUCGAGACGGCAACUGUCCCCGAGGUGCCACCGGCGCAGCAGUGUCUCCAAGGGCUCAUGGACUUUUUCCAAGCCAAGCUCCAACUCCCAUCGAACGUCGACGAAGCGAUGCGCGAUGUACCUGGCAACGACUUGCGUCUCGGGCUCUCGGCGGCCGUCGGCUUUGCGUACGCGUGGCACGCUCGUUCGCCGUCGAUUUUGCACGAAGAAGACCCAGCGACGCCAUGGCGCGACCCGAUUGAUGCGCAGCUCCGUCGCAACCUGCCGUUCCAGGCGGUGGUGUGGGGACCGCGCUUGUCGCCGCUGCGGCACUUGCACCUCGCCGUGCGCUGGCCGGCGCUGCGCGAAGGCAUGUUUGUCGAUAACGUGGUGCACUCGUCGCUCGACCCCGUCAUGGCGCCCGAGUGGUCAGUGUCACCCACGUGCCAGAUGGACCAGGACGCGCUGCCACUGACGACUAUGCUCCGCCAGCUCGUCCAAGCCUUCCAGCAGCUCCGGCAAGCAGGCCACGCGAUGCUCGUGUCCGAGAUGGCGCCGUCGACGCUCGGCGACAACCCACUGGUGACGCGGUAUCAAGAAAGCGUGCCGGCGGCGCGGGCGGCCGUGGCCAUCGGCGCCGCCAUUGGGUCGUGGGUCUCGUCAACGAUGUCGGUCGAGUCAGUGCGUGACCUCGUCGCCAACCUCUUCACAACCCCACCGAAUGACGUGGAUGUGACAGCGUCAAGCUGGUGCACGCUACCCAAGGUCCGCCACGGCGUCGUUGUCGGACAGCUCGUGUCGCGACUCGCCAUGCUCUUGGUGCACCAGCAGGGCAUCAACAUGAAGUGCGCAGUGUGGGUCGAGUUUGUGCGCUUGCUGCGCGAAACGUGGACGACCCAGCUGCUCUUGCCGUGGACCGGGAUUGGUGUCGACGGCUUGCUGCACCCAGCCGACGUCGACCCGCUCGACGGCGUCUCGAUGCCGACGCCCGACUUUCACUUGAACCUCCUCCACCAAAAGCUACAGAUGCUCAACAUCUGCAUUGCGCGACGUGUUCGGUCCCCGCUCUCGCGUCGACAGAGUCGUGCGACGAGUGACGUCGGCAGCGACGACAGUGACGACGAGUAUUUCGACUCGCUUCAAGAGUCGCCGGCCGUCGGUGUGCUCCGGCGCAUGAACGACAUGCAGAGCCUGAGCGACCCGACGCAGUGCCUCAACAUCCCCAAGACGCAGGACCCUGCGCCAUUGACCGAGGACGCAGCCAAGCAGCAGCAAGACAUCCUUGCCAACCUCGGUGUCUCGGCCGAGUCGACCUUGUUACGGCAACAAAUUCAGAGCUCGUCGAUGAUCUCCGACAUGCAAGCGUUCAAGGCGGCCAACCCGGGCACAUGUUUGGCCGACUUUAUUCGGUGGUACUCGCCGCGCGACUGGCUGCCGCGGGAUCCGCUCGAUGACGCCAGCGACGCCGAUGGCGUCUCGCGGUUUCGCCAAGGCCAGCUCUCGGCCCGGAUGCACGAAGCCAACGUCGACGCGCCCACCAACGUGUGGCACCGUCUCUGGGCGACUGCAGCGCCGCUUCCGGCCGAGAAGCAACGGUCGCUGUUCGACCCAGUCCUGGAAGCGGAGAAGGUUUUCGACUACCUCGACACCAUGUCGCCCCGCGGCCUCUUCUACCACAUGCUUGUCGCGACGCUCUCGAGCCUCUCGGUGCUCUUUGCCCACUGCCACGACGACCUCCCGGUGGUCGCGGCGGCCAAUGCGCUGCUGCAAGACGCCUGCGACAAGGCUGUGAGCGCGCUUGAUGACGAGGCCAUUGAAUCCGAUGGCAAGAGCACAACCGACGACGAACGCCUCGUGCUCUCUGCGCUCACCGACGAUGCGAUGGAGAAGGCUGUCUUGGCACUGCAGCGCGUCGAGGUGCUCGUCGCGUCGGCCGCCAGCGUUUCGCAUGUGCUCGACGGGGCGUCCAUAGCGCUGCGCAAUGCCCUAACCUCGGGCACGUCGUCGGUGCGUGUGACGUCGCCGUCCGACCGCGCGGUCCUUGGCAGUGUGCUGUGGCCACCCGCACUGGGCAAGCCGUCAAACCCGGACCAGCGCGAGUAUGUGUUGCACGGCGUCGCACCCCGCCCGUUCUACAACGCGACGGACGACCGGAGUGGCCGGCACCCGGUGAUCGUCAGCCGCCUCUACGCUUUGUUUGAGGAGCACAGCGUCCGGUUUGCGACGGCAAUGGCCGACACGGAGUUCUAAAUAUCGCAACAAUAUUGUCUAUCGUUUUCAUUGACAAUCGUCUCUAA